AUGUCUAAAAGAAGCAUUUUUGAGAAAUAAAAUAGUAAUUUAUCAAGGGGAUCUUUAGCAAGAUAAAAUACAAAUCGAAAUCUAAUGGGUCAGAAAACUUUUUUUUCCAAAUUUUCAAAUACUCUUUUCAAACAACAACAAGAAGAAGGUUAUUAUUAAAAUCAUAUUUUUUAGAGAUUUAAUUCUUAAAUAAAGGGUAAGAGUCUUGUAUUCGUGUUUUAAUUUAUUUGCUUUUGAAUUAUGAUGGGAUGGAAUAAUAUUUAAAAAAAUAAUCAGUCCUUGCUCCAUUAAAUUCAUAUAAUCCUUUAAAUAAAAAUUACUCAGAUUUAAGUCCAAUAAGAACGUAAAAUUAUCUUUUUAUUAAAGAGAGUUGAUAUAUUAUUUUCAAAUAAUCUCUGUACGAGAUUUUCAUGAUUUUUAUGUUGAUUUUUAUGCUACUUUUGAUAAAAAUAAAAAUUUUUCACUUGAACCCACUGAAUUUUCACAACUUCUUGAAGUUGCAAUAAAUAAAUGUGUUGGGCCUAAAAAAUUUAAGGUUGUUACUGAUAUUUUUUUAAAUGAGCCUUCAUCUUAUGAAAACUAAUUAAACGCCAAAAUACUAGGAGAAAUGAUUGAAAAUUUUAGAGACUUAGAAAAGGAAUCAAAAAUAGAUUAUUUACUUGUAUUUCCUUAUAUUCUGAGUUUUUUUUUAGAAUAUACUUACACUGAAAUAAAAUAUAGAUAGGGAAGAUUAGAUUUGAUGAGAGGUACUGAAAUAAUAAAAGGGAAGGAAGUUGAGAUAAAAAACAUAACAAGUUUAGUUACGAUACUUAAAGAGAUGGGAAUUGAUUAUCUAAGAGAUAAAAGAACUUAAUGUUUGACAUAUCGAGAUGUUGAAAACGUUUUAAUAAAAUUAAAAAAUAUAUAGAAAUGGAUAACAUUUGAUAUUAUCAAAUAGAUUAUUAAUUAAUUAGCUAAAUUAAUGUAAGUUGAUCCUAAAACUUAAAAUGAAGGAAAGCCUUUGAAAUUACAUAAAAUAGUUAAUUUUUUGGCACUUAAAUUAUGUAUACAUUAAAAUUGUGUACAUGUAAGUAAGCAAGAUAAAGAAAAAUAGAAACCUCCUUCAGCGUAUUUAGAAAUAUUAGUUUUGUGGAAUGCUGCUAUGUAUGGAUAGAUUAUGAUUUAAAAUAAUUUUGAUUCAUAAUUCUAAAAAUUUCUCAAUAAACAUUAUUAAGCAAAUUAAAGUUUUAGUAGAGUUGAAACUCUAAAAUUAUUAGAGUAAUUUUUCAAGAAGAAAUUUCAAUUAAUGCCUAAAGAUCUGAUUAAGAUGAUUUUGGAGCAUCAUUCUACUUUUUAAAAAAGAUAAAUAGUUUAACCUCCGAUAUAAAAAGAUAGUUUACAAAAGGAGCUUUUUUAAAUGAUGUGUAAAGAUGGAUAUAGAAAAUUGCAAGAAUAUAUUAGAAUAAGUUAUGAAGGGGUAAAUAAAUCUACUAAUAAUGACAAAUUAGCAUAAUAUAGAGGAUAAGGUAAAGAUUUUAAUGAUGAUCCUUAAAUUAAUUCGCCAAUCUCAAGUGAAAGAUAAUUUAAUGCCUAAUAAAUUGCUAAUUCUAUUAAAGCUAAUUAAUAAUAAAAAAAAAAGGAAAGUAAUGAUUCUAAUUCAGAUAGUGAAAGUGAAAAAGAAAUAAAACCAAAAAAUAAAUUAAAAAGAGUAGUUAAAGUCAUAAAUUCAGAAUAAGCUUUUGCAUAAGGAAUGGAUUAAAAAAAAGAUGUUUUAAAAGCAUGUUUAAUAAUGGAUAGUUUUUUAAAAAGGCAAAAUUAAAUUUAUUAAAAAACACAGCAAAAUAAAAUAUCAAAUUAAUGUUGUGAAACUCCCCUAAAAGAAGAAUAAUAAUAAGAAAUAAAAUUAAUUGAAUGUGAUACUUAAGAAAAUGGAGAAAAAAGGAUUUAAGAUGAGGAUAAUAUUAAAAUUAUAAAAAAUAUUAAAGUGAAAGUGAAAGAAAAAGAAAAUAAAUAAAAUAAAGAUUAAUUAAAUAAUGUAGAAGAGCUUGAAAAAGAAUAAGAAAACUAAGAAGAGAAGAAUGAAAAAAAUGCAUUACAUCAAGUUCGUCCAAAAAUAAUAUUGAAAGAUAUUCGAAGACCCUCAUAAACAUAAUCUGGAGAAAUGUUUACAGUAGCAGGAAAAGCAGAUAAAAAUGUAGGUCCUUCAAAUUUUAAGAAUGCAUACUAUGGAAAUUAAAAUAUAUAGUAGUAAGAUACAUCAAAAAUAAUGAAUUGGACUACUUCAACUAAAAGCUAAGUGUUUCAAUUAACAGAUGAAGUAAUAUAUAUUAAUUUAAUAAUAGGAUUUCAAAGAUGAUGAAGGAAAGUUUUAAGUUGUUAUUGAUGAUGUUUAGUUAUAAACAUAAAUUUAAAUAUAGUAGAAUUAAGCAAAAACUAAAAGACCUAAGGAUAGAUCAACUUGUUAUUAUUGUUCUAUCUAAUGA